UUGGACAUAAUCAUCUUUAAAUAAGGGCAGCCCCCCCCCCCUCCACACCCCUCCUUAGGGUGGGGGGGGAGCGGAGCGCCUCGGGGCUUUCUAGAUAAGGGCGACUAACGCAUCCCCCGCUCCCGCAGGCAGAGCCGGCCGGCGCCGAGACCCGCGCAGGGUCCGCCGUGCCCCGGGAGCCCCGGCUGCGGGCAGAAGGGGGGUCCCCGCCGCGGUGCUCUCGCCCUCCUUCUCCUCCUCCUCCUCCUCUUCCUCUUCCUCCUCCUCCCGCAGGAGCAGAGGGGAGGAGAGCGGUGCCGGGGAAAAGUUGGGGGCAGCGGCAGCGGCGGGGGCCGGGGGACUAUGCCCCGGCGCUGCCGCCCGCCGCCCCCCUGAGCGCCCCCAUCUCCCCCGAGGCCACUCGCCCGCCACCUCCCGCCCCCCAAACUUCGUGCCCAAGGAGGAUGCUGCGCGGCGGGGCCCCCCUGGCCGCGCUGCUGCUGGCGGUGCUCAGCCUGGCCCGCGGGGACCCCCCGGCGGCCCCGGGGUGCAGGAUGGAGGCUCCGAGCCGCCGCGCCGCGCCUCCGCAUCACCCCCUGGGGCUGUACCCGCAGGGUCCCGCCGCGUACGGCGCGCUCGGCGCUGCUCCCCCACGGGGCCGAAGACCGCGGGGAGCCGGGGCAGGCGGAGACGAGCCGGGGGGCGAGGCGGGCGGCCGGGAGCGCGGCCGCGGCCGGGGGGAGAGGCGGCGCGGGCGGGAGCCGCAGGUGCCGGGCUCCCCCCGGGAGCUGCCCGCGCUGUACUUCUCGGGCGGCCGGGAGCAGCUGGCGGCGCGGGCGGAGGCGCUGCCCGCCGUCCCGCGGGAGGAGUUCACCCUGGAGCUCUGGGUGAAGGCGGAGGGCGGACAGAGCAACCCGGCCAUCAUCGCAGGCGUCUUCGACAACUGCUCGCACACGGCCAGCGAUAGGGGCUGGGCGCUGGGCAUCCGUGCCCUGCAGCUCGGUGGGAAGAAGGACGCCCGCUUCUUCUUCUCCCUCCGCACGGACCGGGCGACCACCGCCACCGAGGUGACCUCCUACCACCGCUACCACCCCGAGGCGUGGACACACCUGGCCACCAGCUAUGACGGGCGCUGGAUGGCCCUCUACGUGGACGGGGUGCGGGUCGGCCGUGCCGGCGGGCAGGAGGGACCCCUGCACAGCGCCUUCAUGUCCUCCUGCCGCACGCUGCUGCUGGGGGGGGACGCCUGGGGCACUGCACACACUUUCCGGGGACACCUGGCCGGGCUGGCCCUGUGGCAUGGUGCCCUGCCCCAAUCCCACCUCCGGCGUCCCUUCCUAGAGGAGGUGGCUGAGGGGGUGGCAGGGCUGGCUCUGGCCGCGGGCUUCGCCACCCCGGAGGAACGCUGGGUGCCCUUUCGGGAGGGCGCCUUCCCCCAGCAGUGGGUGCUGCUGUCCCCGCCACCACCCGUCCUGCGGCCGCUGGGCCCCCCCGCGUGCGGGCAGACUGCCUGCGACAACGUGGAGCUGGUCUCCCACUACAACCGGCACUGGCCGCUGCGAAGCUGGAAGGUGGUGCGGUACCGGGUGGUGAACCUGGCGGAGGAUGACGGUGGGCGGCCGACGGUCAGCUGGGAGCAGAUCAGGCGGCAACACCGGGCACUGAGCGAGGCUUUCCGGCCCUACAACAUCUCCUGGCAGCUCAGCUUGCUGGAGGUGCACAACUCCUCCCUGCGCCGCCGCGCCGUCCUCCUGGGCUGCGAGCCCAGCAAGGUGGGCAACGAGCGCUGCGACCCCGAGUGCGAGCACCCCCUCACCGGCUACGACGGCGGGGACUGCCGGCGGCCUGGCCGCUGCUUCUCCUGGAAGCGCCGCGAUGGCGUCUGCCACAUGGAGUGCAACAAUGUGUUGGACGACUUCGAUGACGGCGACUGCUGCGACCCCUGGGCCACCGACGUGGCCAGGACCUGCUUCGACCCUGACUCGCCCCAUCGGGCGUACAUGAGCGUGAAGGAGCUGAAGGAGGCACUGCAGCUCAACAGCACCCACUUCCUCAACGUUUACUUCGCCAGCUCCGUGAGGGAAGAGUUGGCUGGUGCUGCCACUUGGCCAUGGGAUAAAGAGGCCCUUAGUCACCUGGGUGGAGUUGUCCUCAACCCUGCCUACUACGGCAUGCAGGGCCACACCAACACCAUGAUCCAUGAGGUGGGACACGUCCUGGGGCUGUACCACGUCUUUAAGGGAGUGAGCGAGCGGGAAUCCUGUGAUGAUCCCUGCAGGGAGACAACCCCGUCUAUGGAGACGGGAGACCUCUGUGCUGACACUGCCCCCACCCCAAAGAGCAAACUCUGCCGGGAUCCAGACCCUGCCAACGACACCUGCGGCCAGACGCACUUCACAGGGACACCCUUCAACAACUACAUGAGUUACACAGAUGAUGACUGCACCAACUCCUUCACCCCCAACCAAGUGGCCCGGAUGCAUUGCUACUUGGACCUGGUGUACCAGCGUUGGGGGCACGGCAAGAAGCCGGCGCCCAUCCCGAUCCCUCCCAUGGUCACGGGGCAGACACAGGACUCCCUCAGCAUCUACUGGCUGCCUCCCAUCAGUGGUGUCAUCCACGAGAGCAGGGAGCAGGACACGCUCUGUGACAGCUGUGCAGAGGAUGGCACCUUCCGUCAGUAUGUGCACGAGGCCUCUUCCCCUCGGGUCUGCGACUCCUCCGGCUACUGGACCCCAGAAGAAGCAGAAGGCCCCCCAGAUGUGGAUCAGCCCUGUGGGCCCAGCCUGCAGGCCUGGAGUCCAGAGCUCCACCUGUCUGACAUGAACAUGACAGUGCCGUGUCCCCAGCCCGACGGCUGCAUCCUGGAGCUCCGCUUCCUGCACCCCGUCUACCCCGACUCCCUCACCCUCUGGACCACUUACCUCUCCACGGGCUCUCCCAAGGCGCUGUCUGACAUUGAAAUCCUGACAGAGCAGGGGGAGUCCAUCCACCUGGGCCCCCUGGACACCUUCUGCGAUGUCCCCUUUACCGUGAAGCUCAACAUCCCCAAAAAGAUGUCCGGAGUCAAAAUCUACACCUUUGACGAGAGGAUGGAGAUCGACACAGCCCUGCUGACCUCCAUGCCCCACAGCUCCCUCUGCUCCUCCUGCAGGCUGGUGCAGUACCGGCUCCUGCGCGACCCCCCGUUUGCAGGCGGGUCCCCCGCUGCCCCCGUGCAGCUGCAUCGCCAGUUCAUCGACACGGAAGUCACACCUGGGCACGUGUACCACUACCAGGUGCAGGUAGUCUCUGGGACAACCUUAGGAGAAGCCUCCCCACCGCUUGUCCAUGUCCACGGAGCACCCUACUGUGGGGAUGGGAAGGUGACCACGAGCCUGGGGGAGGAAUGUGAUGAUGGGGACUUGCUGGAUGGAGAUGGCUGUUCCAGGAAGUGUAAAAAGGAAAAAGGCUUCAACUGUGUUGGGGAACCAAGCCUGUGCUACGUGCAUGAUGGGGACGGUGUGUGUGAGCCUUUCGAGAGGACAAGCAGCAUCCUGGACUGUGGUCCCUACACUCCUGAUGGAUACCUGGAUCUGUGGGCAGUGAGAGCCUAUGCCUCCCAUCAGGAUGUGAAGUCCUGCCCUGCUUCCUUGGUCACUGGAGAGCCUGUUGUGAAGGUAUGUAAAUCCCACCUUCACGAUGUGCCAAAGGACCUUUUGCAGGCUGCUUGGUUCCCAUGUGCUCCCAGCCAAGAGAAUGCUCAGGAUCCAGAUGAGGAAAAGACACCGUUGGGUGAUGAGGGAGUUUGGCUCAAGGUUUGCUUUGAGAGACCUGCAGUGCCCACCUCCCUCCUGCUCUUCCUGGCCUCCUCCGGCACUGUCCCAAGCCAGCAGCGCAAGCCAAUGGUCACUGUCCAGCUGACUGACACAGACGGAUGGAACCGCUCUCUGGGGACGUACGAGCUGUCGUGCCAGCACAACCCACUCGUCGUCAACGUGUCCCGUGGCCAGGAGGACUCAUCCCACCCAGUUGCUUCGGUGCUUCUCAACUUCUCCUCCCCUCUCGUGGGCGUUGCAGCUGUGGCCUUGCGGACCCCAGCUCAGCCUGGCUCCUCUGGCCCCACCACCUGCCUCCUGCAGCACGAGGAGGGCUGUGGCCAGCAGUGCUACAGCUGUGCCCACGGUGCCUGUGUGGGGUCAGGAAGCUGCACACAGCCACUGCUUGCUCACGCUGCCACCCUGAACUGCACAUCGGAUGGCCCGGGGCACAUGGUGUGCACUGUCACCUGCCAGAGGGGCUUUGUCCCCCGCUCCAGCAAUGGGAAGACUUUGGGCCUCAACCAGGAGGUGGUGCUGAUGUGCAGCUCAGGACGGUGGGACAGAUCUGUGACUUGUGACCCCAUCGACUGCGGUGUCCCUGACCAGUCCCACGUGUACUAUGCUGAGUUCUCCUGCCCCAUGGGGACCACCUACCUGCAGAGAUGCUCCUUCUCCUGCAUCCACCCAGCCAAGCUUCAAGGAACAAACGAGUGGCUGACCUGCCUGGAGGAUGGUCUCUGGUCGCUGCCCGAGGCCUACUGCAAGCUGGAGUGCGACACGCCGCCCGCCGUGGCCAACGCCAAGCUCCUGGUCCCUCGGUGCCUGCAGGGGAACCACGACGUGGGCUCGGUCUGUCGCUACAAGUGCAAGCCUGGAUACCACGUGGCUGAGAAUGCGGUGGACAAGCCCAAGAGGAAGUUCCUGAAGGUCCAGUGCCUGGAGAGCGGGCAGUGGGAAGAGGGUCGCUGCGUCCCUGUGGUGUGUGAGCCCCCACCUCCCGUCUUUGAGGGCAUGUACAACUGCACCCAGGGCUUUGAGCUGGACAGCCAGUGCAUGCUCAGCUGUGAGCCACAGGGACAGCAGGUUCCCAUCGUCUGCACCAAGGAAGGCUUGUGGACAGAGGAGUUCAAACUGUGUGAGAGCUUGUGGGGCACCUGCCCACCACCCCCGGAGCUGAACUUUGUGGAGUACAAGUGUGAGCAGGGGCACGGAAUAGGUGCUGUGUGCACACCUUCCUGUGUCAUCCCUCCCAGUGACCCUGUCAUACUGCCCAAAAAUGUCACUGCUGAGACAAUGGAUCACCGGCUGCAACCCACCAGAGUCCAGAACAUUGUGUGCACGGGCAGGCUGCGGUGGUACCCCGACCCCUCCGCCAUCCACUGCAUCCAGUCGUGCGAGCCCUUCCAAGCAGACGGCUGGUGUGACACCAUCAACAACCGGGCAUACUGCCAGUAUGACGGUGGGGACUGCUGCGCCUCCACACUGUCCUCCAGGAAGGUGAUCCCGUUUGCUGCUGACUGCGACCAGGACGAGUGCACGUGCCGUGACCCGGCGGCCGAGGAGAACCAGUAGCAGCACCAGGAAGGGCCUCUCUCGGUCAGGCGAGCGCCGGAGGAGCGAAGGGGCAGCACCGGGGGCCGCUGGGGAGCGGCGGGAUGUGAGGGGGCAGGAGGCCAUGGAAGAGCCAGGCAGGGAUGUGGCGGCUGCGCACGAGGGGAAGGAUCGAGGCCACCGAGGAGCCAAGGAGGGCAGAGCGGUCCCCUCCCCAAAGCCAAAGCUGCUCCCUCCCGAACCCCCUCGAGGGGCUCAGCCAGGGGUCCGGUGCCGCUUCAGCCACACGCUGAGCUGGGGUCCACGCCGAGAGCCCAGGUGCUGCCAUGGGUGUUUGUCCUGGUCCAGCACCUGGCUGUCUGUCUUUGCUCUGGAUUUUGUCACUAUUCGCCCCCCUCUGCUGUACAGGCUUCUUUUAGCAAGGUGAAGGUAGUUGUGAUCUCUCUGCAAAUAUUUAAACUUAAUUAUAUCUAUAUACAUAUAUAUAAUAUAUAUAUAAAUAUAUAUUAUAUUUUCUUUGCUCUUGAUGAAGCUGAGAAAGGAUAUCCUUUGUCACACACCCAUGCUGCUGUGAAGUACAAACCAUUGGGAAAAGCGCAGGUCAGGGCGGGAGGAGCAGGCAAUUUCCCCUUCCUUGCUGAGGGGGAGCUGGAAGGAGGACACGGAGAGAAGCCAAACACCCAGGCCAUGCCAGGAGAGAGCUCCCCAGGCAUGAAGGCUCCCACCUGAAGGUGGUUUGGGCAUCUUGCAGGCACCAAGUUUUGCCCUUGGGAUUUGCCAAUGCUUUGCCUUGCUCUGCUUAGAGCCCUGGAUCAGGAUUCUGGGGUUGAGAAAAACACUGCUGUGCCAUUGAAUCACCCCAGCGAGCACAAUGGACUCCAAGGGCACCACAGGCAUCCACCAGACAUUAUUUCAAAGCCCUCUGGGAAAGGUUAUGUGUCCAUGGGGUCACUGCAUGGUCAGUAGGAGCAGACUCACCACAGUCCUCUGCCUCGCUGCCCCGGCCACUGUGCACCCAACUAAACAAGGGUUGUAGUGGGCAACCCAGAGUAGCGUUGUGGUGCUCAAAUGAAGGAUGAUGAGGUGGUCCUUCUCUUUCCCCACAUCUGAAUUUCAACAGUGUUGUCAGCAGUUCUCAGAGGAGAUCAGAUCCUGUCAUGCAAGGAGAGACAAGACCCAAAAAACCUGUCAGCAGACUCUGAGCAUCAUCUUUUCCCACUGAGAUCUUCCUAGUAGUAUCAUUAUUACCUCUGUGUCCAAGCCCAUCACACUGGACAUACAGUCACUGAUUGUAAUGAGACUCUUGCUCUUGUAGGCAACAAGAGAAAAAUCUUCAGAUUCACUUCAAGCCCCAAAGAAGCCCAUCAAGAAACUUUGCCCCCAUAAUCGAUUCCCAGAAGCUCAGCUUGGCAGCCGGGACCCAGCCCCAUAGAGGCAGCAAUAGGGAAGGUGGCUGGCUCCUGCUGGGAUUAUCCCUGAUGGUUUUGUGCUGUAAAGAGGCAGAGAAAAGGGAUAGAAAGAGGAGAAGAGAGCAGAGAAGGGACCACAGAGUAGGAGCACAGACUGUGGUGUCCCUCAGGUUCAGCUGCAGGCUGGGACCAAGGGACUCCGGGCUGCCCUGCUGCCUUCUCCCUGCAUAGCCUGUGCUGUUGGAGACAGGCUCCAAGCCAGGGUUUGUCUGGUGAAGGAGUGGUGGAGAGAGGGUGACACGGUGUGGAGAGACUGGGGAUUUUCAGGGCAUCGUUUGGCUUCUGCUAGAUCUCCCCCAUCCUUUUUUUGUCAGGCGUUUCCUACAGUUGUGCUUUACUGGAAGACAGGAGUAGGGGCAGAGGUGCCUGGACAUCCCACAGCGUCCAGACAGGGGAUUACCUGUCCUUCUCCAAGCCCUUUCCUGAUCACAUGUGUUCCUGAUCUCUGGUCUAAGCAGAGACUGGAGGAGAGGUGGGGGACAGUGGGUCCCAUCUCUUUUUGCAGCAGGGACACACUGACAUUUCUGUUCCCAUCAUAAACGAGUGACCCCAGGGUUUUCACCCAAAAUGCGCUGCCAAUUGGGCAAUAUUUUGUCAGAUAAUCCACUUUUCAAUAAAAGAAACCCCUCAGAUAAGCCAAGGAAAUUUAAAUAAAAGUUGGCCCAACAUCCCCAGGGGGUGCAGCUUGGGCAACCUGCACCGCUCCACCAGUGCAGGGAAGGGGAGAUCCAGGGGUCCUAACAGAGAUGGAGUGGGGGUCCCAGCAGCCCCCCACAGUGGGGAUGGUGGGGACGUGGUAUGAGGGUAACACACACAGACAGAGAAUUUCAAGUCCCAGCAUCUUGCCAUGCCAAACCCUUCCCUGCCUGGCGGCAGCGUUAUGUGUUUAGAUGACAAAUUAUUACCCUUUUGGCACAAAAAUCCUGGUCUUGUCCCUGCUCACCUGUGUGUGCAGGGAAGGGACUGUGACCCAUGGACAGGGGAGCUGGGGAGGGUGGGACUGGAGGCACUGGCUUGGCUGGUAGACAUUUGUGCUUCUCAUGACCGGACAGCUUCUAUGUACUGAAAUAUUGUUCUUCUAUAGCAACACUGAGCGGUUUUUGUCCCCUUUAGGGUUUUAUUCACAACGGAGGCUGCUGCUAUUUUUAUUUUUUUUGUAUUUGAUAAUUAUUUUUUAUAAAAAUCUAUGAAAAAUAAAUAAUCUUCUCAUCCUCCA